GUCCCCCCUGCCACCCCCCCCGCCCCCCCGGGUUGGGCCGGCCCCGCCAUGUCGGUGAACAUGGAGGAGCUGCGGCACCAGGUGAUGAUCAACCAGUUCGUGCUGGCGGCCGGCUGCGCCGCCGACCAGGCCAAGCAGCUGCUGCAGGCGGCCCAUUGGCAGUUCGAGACCGCCCUGAGCGCCUUUUUCCAGGAGACCAACAUUCCCAACAGCCACCACCACCACCAGAUGAUGUGCACCCCAAGCAACACGCCGGCCACUCCGCCCAACUUCCCGGAUGCUCUCGCCAUGUUCUCCAAGCUGCGAACCUCCGAAAACCUCCAGAGCAGCAACAGCCCCAUCACCUCCAUGGCCUGCUCCCCCCCGGGCAGUUUCAGCCCCUUCUGGGCCUCCUCACCCCCCAGCCAACAGCCCUCCUGGCUGCCCCCCUCCUCGCCCACAGCCCACGGCCUCCAUCACCACCUGCACCACCCGCAGCCCUCCUGGCCCCCCGCGCCCCCCCCAGCCGCCCCCCCACAGAAAGCCAUGGCCACAAUGGAUGGCCAAAGAUAAGGGGGGGGGGGGGGAGGGGGAGAAACAGGGCCAGGGCGUUUGCAGCAGGGGGGGCUUCCUGAGAAACGCACUGGAAUCAUUUUCUAGGUUUUAUCCUUUGUUGGUUAUUUUUU